CCGGUGCGCGUUCUUGCCUGAAGCGAGGUGCGCGGGUGGGGCUUGGGUUAGAGGUACUACCAGCUCUGUAAGCGGGCCUCUCCCCCUCCUUCCGCAGAUGCCCGUGAGCCUCCCCACAGCCCUGCGUGUUUCAGGGACCACCCUCUUCGCUGUGACAGUGCUGGGGGGCAUCCUGGCUGCUUACGUCACAGGCUACCAGUUCAUCCACACGGAGCAGCACUAUCUGUCCUUCGGGCUCUACGGGGCCAUCCUGGGCCUCCACCUCUUCGUCCAGAGUUUCUUUGCCUUCCUGGAGCACCGGCAGAUGCGCCUGGAGGGGCGACCCCUGAAGCUGCAAGCCUCGGUGGCCCUCUGCAUCGCUGCCUACCAGGAGGACCCCGACUACCUGCGCCAAUGCCUGCGCUCCAUCCAGCGCAUCUCCUUCCCUGGUCUCAAGGUGGUGAUGGUGGUGGAUGGCAAUGGAGAGGAGGACACCUACAUGCUGGACAUCUUCCAGGAGGUGAUGGGCUCGGAGCAGACCAGUUGCUACAUCUGGAGCAGCAACUUCCACGCUCAGGCGCUGGAUGAGACGGAGGGGGCCCAUCGGAAGGCUGCGCAGCACGUCCAGAGCCUGGUCCGCAGCCACACCCACUCCUGUAUCAUGCAGAAGUGGGGUGGAAAGCGGGAGGUCAUGUACACCGCCUUCCGGGCCCUGGGGGACUCAGUGGACUACGUGCAGGUGUGUGACUCGGACACCGUUCUGGAUCCUGCCUGCACGGUGGAGAUGCUCCGGAUCCUGGAGGAGGACUCCCAUGUUGGUGGUGUUGGUGGAGAUGUCCAGAUCCUGAACAAGUACGAUUCGUGGAUCUCCUUCCUAAGCAGCGUGCGGUACUGGAUGGCGUUCAAUGUGGAGCGGGCCUGCCAGUCCUACUUUGGGUGCGUGCAGUGCAUCAGUGGGCCGCUGGGGAUGUACCGCAACUCCCUGCUGCAGCAGUUCCUGGAAGGGUGGUACAAUCAGACCUUCCUGGGAAGCAAGUGCAGCUUUGGGGACGACCGGCACCUCACCAACCGGGUCCUCAGCCUGGGCUACCACACGAAGUACACGGCGCGCUCCAAGUGCCUGACGGAAACCCCCACUCGCUACCUGCGCUGGCUCAACCAGCAAACCCGCUGGAGCAAGUCCUACUUCCGGGAGUGGCUCUACAACGCGCUCUGGUUCCACAAGCACCACCUCUGGAUGACCUACGAGUCGGUGGUGACCGGCUUCUUCCCGUUCUUUCUGAUUGCCACCGUCAUCCAGCUGUUCUACCGCGGCCGUGUCUGGAAUAUCCUCCUUUUCCUCCUGACGGUGCAGCUGGUGGGCAUCGUCAAGGCCCUCUACGCCUGCUUCCUGCGGGGCAAUGCGGAGAUGAUCUUCAUGUCGCUCUACUCCUUGCUGUACAUGUCCAGCCUCUUGCCAGCCAAGAUGUUUGCCAUCGCCACCAUCAACAAGUCCAGCUGGGGCACCUCUGGCAGGAAGAGGAUUGUGGUCAACUUCAUGGGUCUCAUCCCGGUCUCGGUCUGGGUUGCAGUGCUGCUGGGCGGGCUGGCGUACACCGCCUACCGGCAGGACCUCUUCACAGACACUGAGCUGGUCUUCCUCAUCUCAGGGGCCAUCUUGUACGCCUGCUAUUGGGUGGCCCUGCUCACCCUCUACCUGGCCAUCGUGGCCAGGCGCUGCAGCAAGCCGCAGGAGCGGUACAGCUUGCCCUUCGCAGAGGCGUGA